AUGACAGAGAGGACCCCAUGGUGGAAGGCAUUCCUGCCAAAGAAAAAGGCCCCCAAGGAUCAAGCCUUUGAUGUGAACUUUGACCCUUGGGCAAAAUCCUCUCCUGCAGCCUCCAAGGCCUCCCAGCCGGUGUCCAACAACAGCUCCAGCCUGCUCAGCGAUGAAACCUUCGACGACUCCCGACUGGACUCGGUCUUCAAUGAGCAGACUUGUCGCAGGAACAUGAAUAUAUCGCGCUCAGGCCGAUUCAAAGAAAAGAAGAAGAUCCGUACAACUAUUCCAAUAGAGCAGAAAGAGAAAGAGAACGUGACGUCUGGGAGAGAGGAUGCACGGUGA